AUGGAGGAUCAUAUUGUAGUAGCGUUGAUUACCUUUUUUGUUACUGUAUCUGGAAUCGCAUCAAAUACGUAUGUGUUUAUCGUCGCUCAAAAAAUGAGCUCGAUGAGCAGUUCGUUUGGAACAAUUACAAAAAACCAGACGAUUGCUAAUUCGAUGAUGUGCUUCUGUUUUUUACUAAUAGUUCCUCUCCAAUUUGGAUUCUUCAAAUCUUUGGUUCGAUUUACUCAUUUCAUUGGAUCAAUUGCAAUGAUAUCUGAUGAAAUAUCGAACAUGUCUCAUUUAUUGAUAGCGGUCAAUAGAUUUUGCGCAGUUUUUCUUCAACUUCAUUAUGAAAAGUGUUUCAGUAUUCGCAAAACUAAAUAUAUGCUUGUGAUAAUAUGGGUAACAUCUAUAGUUGGAUGUAUCAUCCUAUACGAAGUGAUUGGAUGUAAUCUUCAUUAUGAUAAGCCUUCGUGGAAUUUGGCUUUCAUACAAACGGAAAAAUGUAUCCAACUAACUUGGUAUUCUGAUUUCGUAAUGACGCUUGUUACUAAUUUGUUAACGGCAUUCAAGGCGAGCAGAAAUAGUCGAAUGUUGAUGAAUGCAGCUGGACUGCAAAUGUCAAAAACACAACGACAGCGCGAAAUGAACUUCAUUCGUCAGACAUUUUUCCAAGGGUUGAGCGUUUUCACCGGUCAGAUCACUUAUUAUGUCGUUGCUCCUAUUUUGACAAAUCCUGUGGUUACAUUUGUUGUUGGGUCAUUAUGGGGAUUUAUGCAUGCCGUUGAGGGAUUAAUCAUCAUUCUAUCAAAUAAAGAGAUGCGGCAGGUUUUUGGGCAACCUAAAAGAAAAACUACUACUGUAUCUAUCUUCGUGUCAGCGAAUUCUCGUUUUCAAUAA